AUGAGCGCUGCCGAAGCCCUGGCCCAGCGGCCUGCCUCGCCCGCGUCGGGCGCCUCGACGCGCGACUCGCAUGCCACCGCCGCUGCGCCGACGGCGCCCGCCGGCGAGAAGGGCGAGCAGCUCUACGUGCCGCCGGUGAAGGACGAGGAGCCGAAGACCGCGUUCCGCCGCUUCACGCACCGCCUCUCGAACCUGCCCGAGUGGCCGAUCAGCAAGGACGGCAAGAUCAGCGGCCGCGCGCUGAACCUCGCCAUUGGCGUGGCCUGCUCGUCGGGCUUCCUGGCCUUUGGUGUCAUGUCUGGCCUGCUCACGCUCGACGACUUUCAGCGGGCCAUCCCGCUCAUGACGCCAUUCACCCCGUCGAACGCGCUCUGCCAGGAGCCGGGCAUGUGUCUCGGCACCGAGGCGAUCCAGGCCAACGGUGUCGCCGUGUACCAGAUCGGCUGCCGCCGCUCGUCGGUCUUCUGGGGCCUGGCUGUCAUGAUCAUCGGCACGAUUCCGCAGGUCGCGCUCGGCGGCAGCCCGGCGACGUCGUACGGUCUCUUCUGCGCUGGCCGUGUCGUCGGCGGCGGCAACGGCGACGUGCUGCGGCUGACUCGGGCGCAGUCGACCAUCCCGACGUGGCAGAGCGAGUGCGCCAAGCCGCACCAGCGCGGCUUCCUCAUCAUUCUCGCCGGUGCCCUCAUCGCUGGAGGCAUUGCCAUUUCAUACUGGAUCGGCUACGCGUUCUUCUUCCUCGAGGGCAGCAUCCGCUGGCGCUUCCCGCUGGCCUUCCAGAUUGUCUUCUGCCUCUUCGUCAUGGUCGCCGUGCUCUUCCUGCCCGACAGCCCGCGCUGGCUGAUGAUGCGCGGCCGCCGCGAGGAGGCGCGCGACGUCAUUGCCCGCCUGUCCGACGCGCCGCUCGACUCGUCCGAGGUGGCGCUGGAGAUGCGCAACAUCGAGGAGACGCUGCACGUCCAGAUGGCCGGCGGCGGCUUCAAGUUCCGCGAGCUCCUCGACCGCGGACCGAGCCGCAACCUGCAGCGCACGACGAUUGCCGUCGCCGCGCAGUUCGGCCAGCAGAUCGGCGGUAUCAACCUGGUGACGUACUACCUCAGCACUCUCCUGGAGAACUCGCUCGGCUUUGAGCAGGAGAUGUCGCGCCUGCUGGCUGGUGUGAACGGCACGGAGUACUUCCUGGCCGGCUGCCUCGCGCUGCCGCUCAUCGAGCGCCUCGGCCGCCGCAAGCUGCUCCUUACGGGCGCCAUUGGCUGUUCGAUCUGCAUGGCCGUCAUUGCAGGCUGCGUGAGCACGGGCAUCAUCGACGCGGAGGGCGCGCCGGUCCUCGCACCCGCGCCCGGCAUCACGGCCGUGACCUUUAUCUUCCUGUUUAACACCUUCUUCGGCGUGUCGUGGCUCGGCCUGACCUGGCUCUACCCGGCCGAGGUCACGAACCUGCGCACGCGCAUCCAGGCCAACGCCCUCGCGACGCUCAUGAACUGGCUCAUCAACUGGCUCAUCGUCAUGAUCUCGCCGCCCAUGCUCGCGGCGUUGACGUACCGCACGUACAUCGUGUUCGCCGUGACCAACGCCGCGCUCGUGCCGAUGGUCUACUUUUUCUUCCCCGAGACCAAGAGCCGCAGCCUCGAGGAGCUCGAUGUCAUGUUCGCGCAGGCCCAUGCCCUGGACAUUUGGACCGUCAAGCACUCGCUCGAGAUGCCACGCCUCGUCGGCGAGGACCUCGAGCACGAGGCGCGCAAGUACUUUGGCGACGGCGCCGUGCGCGAGAAGUCGCCUGCGCAGCCCACGGCGCCCGAGCAGCAGGCGUAG